UGCGCCGAGUGUCUCGCUCCUGUCUCGACUUGUUUCAUUGUAACAAUAUGAAGAAGUUCGACUGAAGAGGGACCCAGAUAGUUUGGAGGAAUGGGAUAGCAUGGGCACACUUUAGUCCUAUUGUUUUCUAGAGGUUUAUGAAAGCGGUUGCGAGAUUUUGUUUAAAGUAUUUUUGAUUUUUUAUAUCUUUUAAAAUAAACACAGUCACCCCCCCUCCCCUUUUCCCGCUGGGUUCCUUUGGUUCCUUCUCGGAGUGGACGGAGAGUUGUCACUAAGGGAAGUCCCUGGAUUACGAACGAGUUCCGUUUUUGAGUCUGUUCGUAAGGUGAAUUUGUAGAUAUAUGUUGGGUAAAGGAGCUAAACGAAAGUUUAGUGAAAAUGAAGAUGGGAUGGAAGGCAAAGUGUCCUCUGGGCAUGGUUCUUCGAAGGUGUCUUACACAUUACAGCGUCAAACCAUUUUCAACAUUUCCCUCAUGAAACUUUACAAUCAACAGCCCUUAACAGAACCCAGUUUGCAGAAGACAGUAUUAAUCAACAAUAUGCUGAGACGAAUUCAGGAGGAACUAAAGCGAGAAGGUAGCCUGAGGCCCAUGUUCAUCGCCCCUUCUCAGUCCACUGACACACUCAAUGAUAAUUACAGAGAAGUCCAGCCAGCGUUCAGCCACCUUUCUGCUCCUCCAAUCCAAGCAACAAGUUUAGUAAGCACUACAUCACCAGACUCCUGCCUGACACCAGCCUCCUUGCUUGAGGAGGACACCUUUAGCAGCUCUCAAACUGUUGAUCUGGGCACAAGCAAAUCGCCAGCCCAGUCACUGAAGGAUAGUUUCUCUUCUGCGCUGGAUGAAAUUGAGGAGCUGUGCCCGACUUCUACUGCCACUGGUACAAAAAACUAUAAAGGUGACUCCGGUGAGUUCAGCAAUCAAAAGCCUGAGGAGAUACAGGAGAACAAGCCAUCUGAAACAAAGCUCAUAGACCCAUUGCCCGGCAACUUUGAAAUCACCACAACAGGGUUUCUAACAGAUUUGACACUUGAUGACAUCUUAUUUGCAGACAUUGACACCUCCAUGUAUGACUUUGAUCCUUGCACACCUACCACUGGACCUAGUGCAAAAAUGGCCACUGUCACUGCAGAUGAUAUCUUGAAAACCUUAUCUCCGUACAGCAAUCAAUCAGUGACUCCAAGUCAGCCUUUCAAAAUGGAUCUCGCUGAACUAGACCACAUUAUGGAGGUUCUUGUUGGGUCUUGAUAUGACAAAAAAGACUAGUUUUUUAUACACAGUUUAUUUACAGAUAUCGUUCAUCCUUUAUUGUUUUAAGUGUGAUGGAGUCGCUGCAACUUUUACAACAGUGUGCAUGCAUUUUGCUUGUCUAUAUAAAAUAACAAUUACACUAGUUAUUGUUUGCAGUAGAGUUGGGAGUGUCUUCAUCUGUGUAUGUCCACUCGUAGGGUUUUAAGUGUUAUUUUGUUCAUCACUGCUUUGUUUCUGAAUGAUCUAUGAACACUUGCUAAAAGCAAGGUUGUCUUCACAGACAGUAUCAUGGCAAUUCUGAAGUAUUGUGCAAUGAACACACUGAGCACAAAGGUAAUAUCAGAAUUAUUAUGAAAUGUGUACACAUGAGUUAUUUUAAGGUAAGCCAGGCUCUGCAAGUCGUGACAUUCUUCCUGUUGUUUUAGUUCAGCCAUUCAUUACUAAGCGACCGUUGCUGUUUUAAACCUGCUCUUUAGGUUUAUUUUAUAUUUUUGUACAGGAUCUGCAGUUGAUCAUAUUGUUUUAUAAGAUGCUGUUUUUUAUACACCAGAUAGCUAUUUUGAUAGGAUGUGCUCUCACAAUACUCUGCUAAAUUCAGAUGAACAAGAAUACCUUGUACUUUUAUACAAAAAGAUAAACUGAAUGUUCAUGUGCCGGAUUUGAGGGGAAUAUAAAAGUAACUGAAGUCUACAACGGUUCUGAGUGGACCCCAAGGCUGUACACGUGCAGUUUUGCUUAAAAGGAGAAGGAUUGGGCAGAGGAGAUGUACUUUAACUGGAUUCUAGAGAAUGGACCUUAAUUGUUAUUUCUUUCCCUCUUAUUUAUCAAAAUCUUUAAUGCAUCCGCGUAUAGCAUCCCAGCGUGUUCCUUGAAAGUGUGGCUGAGUAUUUUGUCAUUUAGUUUAAAACCGAAGUUUCUAACUUGCAGCCUAGAUUAUGUUGGAGAAAGGCACCUCGCGCGACUCACCUGUUUAAUGAGACUUGUUAGUGCCUGUUUAAAACUUCCUGCCCUAUAAAUUGUUGGAAGUGUGAGUUGAUAAUGAUGUGUUAAGAGCAGCAAGCAUCUGGGACCUCGGUGAAUAAUGGGACCAAUAGUCUACCUCCUUAACCAAAAGGGUUGAAGGAUUAGGAAAUAAACAGAAAAAAGGGACUGGAAAGGAUAGUGAAUUUGAGUAAAACUGGAAAGAGAAGAAUGGAAUUACUGGAUUAUGUCCAAGAGGGAAGCAAAGACAAAUGAAAUUAAAAUAAAUCAGUAUUAUAAUUUGACAUUUUUUUAAAAAAUCCUCCAACAAUAUUUAAUAACCUGAAGGAAUGAAACUUCACUCUUUUUAAUUUGUUCACUUUCUGGGCCAGAGAGCUUGAUUGGCAUUAACAGUUCCCAUGGCAUUAACAAUGUAUGCUGAUAAUUACUAGAGUUAACUUUACGUGGUGAGUGUGAUAGAUAAUUAAUGCAUAAAUGUAGCAAAUUCAAGAAACUCUGAAACGUUAAACCCCAAGUUCCAUUUUUGAAAAACUAAUGGCGGAGUGUAGUAAAUCACCCAGCAACUUGUACAGUGUCCAUUGGACGGGGAACCUUUCUCACCACAUUGCUGUACAAUUUACAUGCGAAUAUAGGUGAGCAUCUUUCCCACAGCUAAUCUGGGUUUUUGUAUUGAUUUGUUUAUCCCUCUCCUGCUCCCAAUCCAUUUCAUCACCCCCCUCACUGCCCUCUUUAAUCAAUUUAUCUGAAAACAUAACUGUCUCAUUUCUCGCACUGUAAACACAUCCACUUUGCAUCUGCGUGACAUUUGAUCACCAAAGGACACUGUGCAUCUAUGCAAGUGAAUGAAAUGAAAGAUACCAGGUAAACACAACAAUUUGGUGCUAUAUUGAGAGCUUUCAUAUAUGUGAAGCAGGGAAGGCAGUUAAAGUUAAUGCCUUACAAAACAGAUUUUUAAUUCCACAGCUGGAUCUGGGAGAGAUAAAUCUAGCCCUGCUUUUUACUUCUAAUAUAUUAAUAAAAUCACAUUGUAUGAAUGUGUCUGCUUUUGGAAAAAAAAAUUGUAUAAAAGGAGGGUUACAAAGCAUCUUUGGACAGCAGAUCCGUUAGCUCAAUCUAUAAAGUACAGCAAUAUGGUGAGGCUGAAGUGAGCUUUUUGUCAGAAGUGGUCAAUUUAAAGAGGUCCAAGGAACCAGCAUUAGAUUAGAUUUUUCAUGUAUUUUGUGAAGCAAAGUACUUAUUCUCCAACCCAGACUUUUUUUUUUGAAAAGCCUAUGUACAAUAUCAAUACAACUGUUGUUAGGAGUGCAUUCUUUAAGGAUGUGCCCUUCACUUCAGUAUUACUGUGACUUAGUACAAAUCUUUCUGCUACAGACUUGAGCAGAACUUGGCGACUGAAUAAACCUUCCUCAAGCCUCUGAAACUGAAGCCAGCCUUAUAACAACACUUGGCAAUUCCAGUUCGACUGGCUUUUUUGAGUUAUUCAUCCAUUAAAGCAAGUUUUUAAGAAGGGAUUUCUUCUGCUCCCCACACAUCUUUCCUUCCCCCCUCAACUUCCCUUUUCUCCCAUCCCCAUUGCUUUUCACAUAUAAUCAAGUUUCAGGCAAAAGCAGAUCUCUAUGCAUGACUUUUACACUGAGUGUAAUUAUGCUUUUUAAAGCCUAUGUUUAUGCACAGACAAGCGUAUUUAAUAAUUGUCUUGUAAAUUGCUUUGAAAUAAUUGGAAUGCCUCAUACCUGCUGUCAACUAUAUAACACCAUUUGUUUUUUAGUUUUGUUUUUUUUUUGCAUUGGUACCAUAGCAGUUGUGUGCAGAUUACAACCUAUAUUGCAAUGCAUAUGGCUAAUUUAGGAGUAACUCUUUAAAUUAAUUUAUUUAAGAAUUUUAAAUUAUGUUUUAUGUUCUGCCACAUUAUUAUCUGUUUAAAUCCUGCUCUUGGUCUUGCAGUGGAAAUGAUUACUUGCAGUAACUGUGGCUAUACUUGGAUUUUCAUUUUGCAAAUUUAAAACCUUUCAUAAACAAAAUGAAGGAACAGCUAGUGAUUUGCUUAACUUGGCACAGUUUCCAUUGAUUGGAAGUAAAAAGAGUCUUUAUGUUUACAAAUCAUGUUUUCCCCUCAAAACCAUAAGUGGCCACUUUCAAUACCUUUAUAGGAAAAAUAUAAAGUACAGACUUUUUAGUCCUAUUUGAUAUACAUUGGUAUAUUAUUAAGCUUUGUGCUCAGCAAACAAGAAAAUCCUUCCAAUAAAUUCACUAUGCAGUUUAUAUCAUGUCUGACCUUUGUCUUGGGUGGGGAGAGGUAUUGGAAUUCCAAAUUAAUCUUUCACUUUAUUGGGUAUAUUUUUUAAAGCCCUCAAAUGUGGUCACUUAGAAAUUAUACAUGUAUAUAAAAUAUUUUGUGUAAAUUGUACAGUGUAUGGACAGAACUGGUAGAUACAGUAUAAACUAGAAGGACCAGAGAGUAAGAUCUCAUCGGUUGAUGGAAGAUAACAAGGAAAGAGCAGAAAAACUUUGGUUGAGCUGUGAUAUUUCCCACACCUUAUUUAUUCUUUGUGUAAAUAUAUUUAUUUUAAUGAGUAGCUAACAGACUCUGCAAAACGGAUUGUAAUGUGUACAGAAUGUAUGUAUAGUAGGAAUGUAUUCAGCUUUUGGAAUGUAAAUUUGUGUGGACGCGUAGAAGCUGUAUUCAAAGAUUGAAAUGCCUCUGCUUUCUCUGAUGAGAAUUACUAGAGUGCUUCUCCCUUCUACCGAGGCCGAAACACUGCAAUUUGCCGCAGAUCCCGGAGCUGUGCCUUUUUCUAUGCAAUAUUUCAAACAUAUACGUCUGAAAGCAAGGUUACUGUAUUCACAUAAUUACAACUGUAAUUAAAUCCAAUUGGACAAAUGUAAGUGAAAUUGAGCAGUCUUACUUUUGUAGUUUUAUAUUCAACAAUAAA